AUGGCCGAGGCCAAGGCGCGGAAGAAGCGCGAGGCGGCGGCCAUCGCCGCGGGCGAGAUCCAGCCCGCGCAGAAGUCGGGCAAGUUCUGGGACGGCUUCCGCUGGGUCGAGCACACGCCGGCGUCGCAGAUGCCGUCGAACCCGGCGACGCGCAAGGAGCGGCGGCUCUACGUCGGCAACCUGCCGCAGACCUUCGACAGCGAGCAGCUCCGCAUCUUCCUCAACGAGGCGCUCCGGGCCUGCGGCGCCAUCCCCGCGGGCGUCGACGAGGUCGUCGUGAGCUCGUGGGUGAGCCCGGACAAGAAGUUCGCCUUCGUCGAGCUCAGCACCGUCGAGGCGGCGACGACGUCGCUCGGCCUCAGCGGCAUCACGUGCAUGGGCUGCCAGCUCAAGAUCUGCCACCCCAACAACUACGUCGUCGGCGCGCUGCCGGGCACGGGGCCCACGCUGCCCGCGCAGUACGCGGCCGCGGGCAUGCUCGGCCAGGUCGGCAUGCCGCCGGGCGCGGGCGGCGCCGAGGGCGGCGUCGCGGCGCAGCCGGGCGCGUCCUACGCGCCGGGCUACGGGCCCGACGCCGCCGCGGGCAACGAGGAGUUCAUCAACGCGGCGCUCGCGGCCAUGGCGAGCGGCAACCCGCCGGGCUGA